AAAUUCAAAUGUUGCGAUGAGUUUAAAAAUUAUUGAAUUGUUAAAAUUACAUGAAUUUACUUUUACUUAAUUUAUUUAAUUUAAAUUUUAUGGAAUAAUAUUAUGAAUUUGUCAUAAUUGAUGAAGUAUUGUGAAUAUGGUGUUGGAAGAUAGAGAUGAAAUUGAUUUGCAACAACUUACGGAAAAUGUUUCUUUUCUUGCUGAAUGUUUUGAUAAUUCCUUUGCUAUUCAGAGCUCCUUAAGUUAUGUGAAAGAUUGUGUUCAAUCACAGCCAAAACGUUUAACCCAAAAACAAAAGUUCCUACAAUCGAAAAGAGAAAACAUCCUUUCACAAACAAUUAUUGAAAAGCAAAACACUUCAUGUAAUGUGGAAUUAUUGUCACAGUUGAAGGUAGAAAACAGGACCUAUAAUAAGAAUUUAAAAAACUGGGGUUUACCCUAUGAAAUAGCAAGCAAAUAUGAAAAAAAAGGAAUAAUUGAGAUGUUUGACUGGCAAGUGGAUUGUCUAGGUAACUCAAAAGUUCUCCUAGAAUGCCGGAAUCUUGUUUAUUCGGCACCUACUUCUGCAGGAAAAACUCUGGUUGCUGAGAUAUUGGCAAUUAAGACAGUUUUGGAGCGACAAAAAAAGGUUAUUAUUAUUUUGCCUUUCGUAUCUAUAGUAAGAGAGAAAAUGUUUUAUUUACAAGAUAUCUUAUCCAGCUCUGGUGUCAGGGUUGAGGGAUUUAUGGGUUCCCAGUCCCCGCCAGGAGGCUUACAGGCUGUCCACAUAGCCAUUUGUACUAUUGAAAAAGCAAACAGCUUAGUUAACAAACUUCUAGACGAAGGUAAUAUAACAGAAUUAGGAGCAGUAAUUGUAGAUGAGUUGCAUUUGCUUGGAGAUCCUCAUCGCGGGUACAUUUUGGAGCUCCUUUUAACAAAAGUUAAAUAUGUCUCAUCAAAAUUAGAUAACAUGAAAAUACAAAUCAUUGGAAUGUCAGCUACACUGCCCAAUUUAGAAGUAUUAGCAGACUGGCUAGAAGCUGAACUAUUUAUUACUGAAUUCCGACCCAUACCAUUGGAUGAAUAUUGUUUAGUUGGCAACAAAUACUAUGAUAAAAAUGGGCAGUACAUUAGGUCAUUUCAUAAACCAAAUAUGGGUAUUGAAUGUGAUUAUGUUCUAUCACUUUGCUUAGAGACAAUCAAAGAAGGGUGUUCAAUCUUAAUAUUCUGUAUGACAAAGAAUAGAUGUGAAAAUUUGGCACAAAGUAUUGCAUCCUCGUUUUACAAGUUAGGAUGUACAGAUAAUGAACAAGGCACAAUUUUAAGAGAGCAGUUAAAGUCCACGAAUAUUUUAGAAGUUUUAGAACAAUUAAAAAACUGUCCUGUAGGCCUGGAUCAAAUAUUAAAAAAUAUUAUUUCAUUUGGUGUUGCUUAUCAUCAUGCAGGGCUUACAUUUGAUGAGAGAGACAUCAUUGAAGGGGCUUUUAAAUCUGGUGCGAUCAGAGUAUUGGUUGCUACAUCCACAUUGAGUUCUGGAGUAAAUUUACCUGCUAGGAAAGUAAUUAUUAGAACUCCUGUAUUUCAAAAGCAACCAAUUAAUAUUUUAACAUACAAGCAAAUGAUCGGUAGGGCUGGGCGUAUGGGUAAAGAUACACAAGGUGAGAGUGUUCUUAUUUGUACUGCAGCUGAGCAGAAAAUUGGAUUUGAGCUGAUGAUGGGUACUUUAGAUCCAGUUCAAAGUUGUAUUGAAAGCAAAGACAAAUUUAUGAGGGCCAUUCUAGAAAUAAUUGCUAGUCAAGAUGUUUGUAACCAAUCAGAAUUAGACUUGUAUACUAAAUGUACUCUCCUUUGCGCUCAGCAGUCUGAGUCUAAAUUCCAAAAUGAUUUACUAGAAGACACACUGAAAGAACUUAUUAAUUUUGAACUAGUAAGAAUUCAAACUGAAGGGGACGAAAAAAGAUAUGUAGCUACAUCAUUGGGAAAAGCAUGUCUUUCAUCAUCCAUGGCACCAAACGAUGGGCUAUCAUUAUUUUGUGAAAUACAAAAAGCUAGACAAUGCUUAGUGCUUGAAACAGAUCUUCAUUUAAUAUAUCUAGUAACACCAUACAGUGUUAGUAAUCAAUGGAAUGACAUAGACUGGUUACAUCUACUUACACUGUGGGAAUCUUUAACAGCUGCAAUGAAAAGGGUUGGGGAACUUGUAGGCGUUCAAGAAAGCUUUAUUAUUCGAUGCUUAAGGAGUGCCAAUAAAUCGAAUACUAGUCAAAACAAACUAAGUAUACACAAAAGAUUUUACACAGCUUUAGCCUUGCAAGACUUAGUAAAUGAAGUUCCUUUAUCAGAAGUUGCUUCUAAAUUUCAAUGUGCGCGAGGCUUUUUACAAGGCCUUCAACAAUCAUCAGCAACUUUUGCAGGUAUGGUCACAGCUUUUUGUCAUCAACUGGGUUGGAAAAAUAUGGAAACACUUGUAUCACAGUUUCAAGAUCGUCUGCAGUUUGGAAUACAUUCCGAAUUAUUGGAGUUAAUGAAACUGACCUCUUUAAAUGGCAUCAGGGCUAGAACUUUGUUUGAUGCUGGAUUUGAAACUAUUUCUAGUAUAGCAUCAGCUGAUGUGAAUGUAAUCGAAAAUACGCUUUAUAAAUCUAUGCCUUUCCAAAGUGAAAAGGAAAGGGAAGGAGAUGACGACCUUGAUGUUAGGAAACGAAAUAAAAUCAAAAAUAUUUGGAUUACUGGCUGCUGUGGUGUGACCGCUAGAGAAGCUGCAGAAAAUCUUAUUUUGGAAGCAAGAAAAUAUUUAACCAUUGAAAUUGGUGUAUCAGAAAUCAAAUGGUCAGAUUUAGGUUCGUCGGAAAACUCGUUGGGUACUUAUACAGAUAAAAAUGAAACCCAAUUUCAUAUGAAAAACCAAAACAUUGACUCCCAAAACAAUAUAGGAAGGAUAUCAGAUCAAGAAAAUGGAAAUAAUGAACUUUCCGGUAGGAAUGAUGCUUCUGUUCAUUGUGAAGUUGAAAACAACGUCGGUAAAAACAUCGUGCCAUCACAUGCAAGUGAAAACGACAAACAAGACAUGAACACUGAUAAAAUUGAGGACGCUGGCAAAAUUAAUAGUAGUUCAAAAGUAAAAACGUAUGACUGUCACAAAGCAAGUGAAAAGGAUAAUAUUACCAAAUCUGUAUAUGUUCCUAUAAAAGAAGACCUUAUGUGGGAAUCUCUAAAUUUAACAGGAAAUGUUUUGGACAACAUUACUAAACUUCGCACAUCGGAUAACAUUUUUUCACCAAACAUUAGUUUUGGUGAAAGUAUGAAUAGCCCUAAAGCCAUAGAAGCAGACAUGAGCAAUCUUAAUUUUACUUCGAAAUCUACUACUGCAAAAGAUAUUAGUUUAUUUUCUUCCGAAGGUGACAGCUCUAGUAUAUUCGAAGAAUCUUUCGAUUUAAUAGCAGAUAUCUCGGUAAAAAAUAAUUUAUUUAAAAUAGAUGCCCCAAUUAAAGACGUUGAAACAAGUACAGACUUCAUGGAGAUUAAUUCUAAAUCAAUAUUGAAUGCUUUCAAAUCGCCUAUAUUAAAAGUUGAUGAGGAUGAAGAUAUUAAAUUAGUCUACGACGAUGAGAAAUGUGAUGCUAAAGAAAUUAAUGAGAAUUUGACUAAAUUUCAAGAUAAUGAAAUUAUAAACACACAAGACUUUAAAGAACCGAAGCUGAAAAAUGGUUUUAUCAGCCCGCUUAAACGUCGCUCUUAUUUAUAUAAAGACUGUUCACAAUCCUUGGCAAAAAAAUCUAAAUCAUCCCAACUUAACACGCAGACUGAUACGGGAGGUCAGUUUAAGUUAAAAUCUUCCAAGUCGAAGGAUUUUGCUCUAAAAUUUGCAAAAAUUGCUGUAAACUGCUACGUUUUCCGAGAAAACGAUGUAAAUACUAACUUUUUAUAUAUUGAAAAUGCUACAGGUGUUUCUAUCAUUUUGGAUACUAGUCGUACAGUUUAUAAAUCUGGUGAUAUUAUUGGGAAUAACAUAAUAUUCAAAAAACCUCUUGUUUCUUCUGAGCAACAAAUCGACAAAAUGCAAGAGUUGCCUAUAAAAGGAAUAGCAUUCUGUCUAAAACAUAAUCUGUGUGUGUAUUUGGAUUUAACAUCCUUAGGCAACUUUUUGCCGGCGGUGAAGUUUAAAAUAGCUCGAUUAUUUUCAAAUGCAGCUUUUAAAUUGAAGAUGCUAUGUACAAAGUCAAACUAUGUACACAUUAAGAAAUGGCUGGGAAAAGAUCUAGUUACAAAUUGCACUGAUGUAACAUUGGCGGAAUGGUUGCUAGAUAGUGAUGAGAGGGUUUCCAAAAUAGUUGACCUGGCGAAAAAGUACUGUGAUAUUGAUUUAACAAAUAGUCAAAUAACUAUUAAAGGCGAAACGAAAAAGUACAACGAUCUAGACACAUACGAAGUAGCUUGUUUAAAAGCCUGGUGCAUUUGGGCAGUUGCAGAAAAACAGAGUAUGAUGCUAUUAACCAAAUAUCAGGUUUUGGAAGAAGCCCUCCAUACGGAGACUCAAAUUGCAAAGAUACUAGGGAGCUGCGAGUUCUACGGCGUCCAUGUGGAUAAAAAUCUCGCGUCACAACUUCUGAUUGAUGUGAAAAACUCACAGGAAGUCCUUCAAAAGAAAGCUUUUAAACUGUGCGGAUAUCACUUCAACUUCAACUCCUCGAAAGAUGUGGCUAAGGCCCUAGGAGUAUACCGCGGGCGCAAAGUGAGCACUCGGAAGAGCGUUCUGUGCGCGCACAGCAGUUCCCUGGCCAGUAUCGUGAUGUACUGGAGGAAGCUCCACUCCAUCCUCACAAAGACGCUGUAUCCGCUCACCGAACGAGCGUUCAACUACAGUGCGGACGACAGGAUAAGCCCCUCCUACACUAUGUUCACUUGCACCGGACGAAUUAGUAUGCACGAGCCGAACCUCCAAAAUGUUCCACGAACGUUUACCAUUCCUCUUAGAUAUCUCAAAGUGAUAGACGACAAUGAGCCUUGUGAGGACGUAAUAGAGUUCAACUGUAGGAAUAUCUUCAAAGCUUCGUCGGGCUACGUAUUCGUGUCCGCCGAUUAUUGCCAGCUCGAGAUGAGGAUUUUGACUCACUAUUGCAAGGAUGCGGGUUUGACUAGGAUUAUGAAGUCCAAUGUAGACGUUUUCAAGUCAAUUGCGGCCUCGUGGAGUGGCGUUCCGGAAGAGCAGGUUGAUGACGACCUGCGCCAGAAGGCAAAGCAGCUUUGUUACGGCAUUCUUUACGGGAUGGGAAACAGAACUUUGGCGCAACAUCUGGAUGUCGACGAGAUAGAAGCAGCUAUGUUCAUGGACACCUUCUACAAAACCUAUCCAGCGAUCAAGGCGUUCACUCAGAGCGUUAUCGAUGAAUGCAGGAAGAACGGUUACGUGGAGACGUUGAUGAGACGUAGAAGAUAUUUGCCGGACAUAAAAAGCAACGUUGUGUCCAAAAGAAGUACAGCUGAAAGGCAAGCAGUGAACACAACCAUCCAAGGCUCGGCGGCCGACAUAGCAAAAGCUGCAAUGUGCGCCAUAGACACAAACACGAGCGCUGAUGUAGACAAACCUCGUUUAAUUCUACAAAUGCACGACGAACUCAUCUACGAAGUCAUUGAAUCAGAGAAGGAUACUUUUAUCCAUACAAUUAAAAAGUUAAUGGAGGACACGGUGCAUUUAAAUGUCCCUCUGCCGGUUAAAGUUAAAACUGGUUACACUUGGGGCUCUAUGGAAGAAGCUAAGUUUUAAUUUUUUUUAAUCAUGAAAUUUAAUAGGUCGAAAUUGUAAUAUUGUCUGUGAUAUUUACCUGAUAUUCUAAAUAAAAUGUAUUUUUGCAGUAAAACAUUA